AUGUGUAACUCAGAAGGAAAUAGCUGUGUAUAUGACAAAAAUAUUGAUAGUAAACAUUCUCUUAAUGGGAAUAAUGAUAAACUUUCUAUACUGUUCUCCAUUAAAAACAAUGUUUUUGGUGGUAAUUACCAAAAGAUUCUGAGCAAAUAUUUAUUUAAAAGUUCACGUCACCACAAAACAAACACAGGCUCCAAUUCUACAAUUAUUAAAAAAUUGAAAGAUGAUUCUGCAAAACAGGAAGAUCAUUGUCAUAAUGAUAAAUCUGUCAACCAAGAAGGGUCUUUAACUCCUAGCAGACAGGUAAUCACUGAACUAUCUUCUCAUCAUCAGAAGCUUUUGCCACUAAAAUCAUUUUUUGGAGAAACUGAUGCAGACUGUCUAGCACCUGUUGCGUUUAUUCCGUAUGAAGUAGAAGAAGAAAAUUCUAUAUUAAACAACGAAGACACCUGUAAUGGGAUCUCGCAAAGUGAAAAAGGCAAGAACUGUCUUGUUACUGAAACGUCCUCUUACAGUUCAUUUCUAGAAGACACAAUUUGUGGUGUUGUUGAGUCCGAGUUACCGUACAGCAAGAAUACAACCACAGAGAAGUGUCCAGUUCUUAUACAUCAUGAUGUUGAUGCCAUGAAUGAUAGAGAUUCUGCAGUAACACAGAAUUCCUGGUUGGCAUUAAAUGAAAUGUGUUCAGGCCCUGAACAACAAGUUUUAGGACUGUCUGCUCAGAAAACAAAUCAAGUGGGUUCGAAAACACAGAAUUCCAAUUUAGAACUAGCAGAUGAAUCAGAAGUAAUUAUUAGUAGCACAAGUACACUUGAAGAAGCCAGUACUGAGGUUGUUGACUGUAAUUUUAAUGACAAAGCAGAGUCAUUGUUCUUGUUUGAAGAUGAGUUGCCUUGUGUCGAAUCUUAUGUAGAAGCUGAUGAUGUCACAAUUGUAUCAGGAACACAUGAUGGUAUUCUGGAUGAAGAAAAUGACAUUGAUGUUCCUUGUGUUGUUGUAUAUCCUGAAAGUCAUGAAAAUAUGUUGCACUCUGAAGGAAAUAUUGGCACACACAUUUCGUCUGUGGAUGUGUGUUCUGAAUCCGAUGUCAUUACAACUGCAAUUAUUUCUGAUGAUGUUUGCAUGAAUUCAAACUGUGUUAUUGUUAGUGAGGAUGAAUCAUCAAGGCAAUCUCCUCAGAAUCUGUUGAUGGACAUAGUUCCCUGCAGCACUCAAGAAGAUACAGUGGAAUUUAGACAUUUUUCUACAGAAUGUACAGAUGAAUAUCAGAACAGCACAGUGUCAAGUACGACACACAUUAAUGAACUAGCAGACUCAAACAGGUUAAAGACAAUGACAACCGUUUUACUCAAGGAGGACAGAGAGAAUCAGAAUAUCACUACCUCUGACAUGCAUGGGGAAUUUUCCUUUUUUGGAGAAGAAGUUGACUAUUACAAUACGGGAGUGUUACAAGCUGACUCAGUUUCUGAUUGGCCUUAUUUGGAAGAAGAAGUUAUUUCAGAGCUUCAGAACUCAGAUGUAGAGCCGGAGGUUCCAUUAGGGAACACAACUUGUGAAAGAAAUUCAGGUAAAAACCGAUCUCUGGCUUGCUCUCCAACAACACUAAAUAAUCUAACUAUGAAGAAUGGUUUACAGUGCCAGAAUCUAAAUAUGGAAGAAAGUUCUGGCACAAGUAAAAGAAGUUCAGCAGAAGAAAAUUAUACACAGGCUAACAAUGAACUUAUUGAUCUGAAAUGUCGGUUGAGCUGGGAUAAGAUAUUCGAUUUGUCUGGGAAAGAUAAAUGCAGUGGUUACAAAAUGAAAAACAGGGUAAAAAAAACUGUCACCAAAAGCUGGCCUUACUACUGCAAAACUCAAAGUCGUUGGAAGUGGCCCAAAUCUAAGGACAAACUGUAUAGUAAAAUGAGUAAGAAACUGAAAGAAAUAAGUAUAUCAUCAGAAGUCAGAAAACAGAAAGAUGAUUUUAUGAGUGAAUGUUUGGAAAAAAAUUCUAAAAAAAUAAGUGCCACCUUACAGUUUGACAAAGCAGAGACUAGUAUGCAGAGAUCUCCACUUAAUUCCUCUUCAUUAAAGCAAAACACGUGGCAUGUUACCCAUGGGAACAAUUCUAAUCCUUGUGGAUACAAGAGAGAGAAAAACAAUAAUUAUGUCAUUGAAUCUGUGGACAAUAAUUCAAAAUCUGACAUCUUAUCUAAUCCCAUUGUUUUAGUUCAGAGACUUAUACUGAAACGAAACAGAGAUCACCCUGGCCAUGGAGGAAAAACUAAAGUGGAUAAAAAGGAUCCUUUUUCAGGAUAUGUAUGUAAUGUCGAAGAGAGAGCUUCAUGUUCAAAUCUUUAUAAACAAGAAAUUUGUAAAUUGGACACAUUGGGUUCUAAAAACAGCAGUGAUAUCUAUAGGCAUAGAGAUGAACAGAGUUUCAUUGAAAUAAGAGGAAAACAAGGGAACACAGAAGAUUCAUACAGUGGCAGCAUAUCCAAAUCUCAUGACAACAGUGACAAAACUUUAAAUAUGGUGAAAGCUGACAGUAUCAGUUCCAAAAAAAAGGCAAGUUAUUCUGUUGAAGUUCAACAUGUGAAGCACUCGAAAGAGGUAAGAAAGCCAAAUGACAAAAGCAUUAAAAAAAAUUCAGAUGAGUGCAUCAAAGAACUACCUCGUGUUAUUAUCAAACGUUCACCAGAUGGGAGUACAAGAUACAAAAGCUUUCUCUGUCUAUCUGCAGCUACAGAGAAAUACUGGCAACCUGUAGUGAUGCUGAAGAGAGAUUCAAAUAUUGAAGAACUGGCCAAACGAAUGCAAAAACGUAAAUUUUCACCUCAUGUUGUAGAUGGAAGGUCACAAAGUAAUUUGAAAAUUCCCACAGGAAUUAUGGAAAAGGCUCACAAGAUUAAAUGUAAGGAUAAUAUGCAUGCUCCUGAUAGGAAGAAUAAUGGGAAUGAGCAUGAAUGGGGAGCUAUUGAUACUUCCAUUACAAGCCAAAAGAAGAUUAUCAGAAGGAAGGAAAAGGGUGAUUUAAGUGAGCUUAAGAAUUCAAAACACAGUGAUACUAAUUCAUUAAGCAUCAGCUCCUGUGAAUCAUUGCAUAACAUAAUUGAAGCAAACAAUUUUCCUGAUGAACAGAUUGAAUUACAAUCUGCUUUAGUUUUUGAUACAAUACCCUUAAAGAAUGGGAAGAAAUACAAAGGAAUGUUGAAACACGAUAAGAAUUUCACUGAAGAACGGGGGAAAGAUUGCAGGAGAAUUGAGUCAGACUGUCAGGAGAUUUUGCCCAAUAUUGAAUUGCCACAAAGGAGGCAAAGUGUUGAAAUGUUUUCAGAUACUAAAGUGAAUAAUGCUUCAGUCUCAACUCCAGGUGAAUACAAUCAAAAGCAUUUUACCAGUAUGUGUGAGAGUAAGCAUAAUUAUCAUGAGUCUUCUCAUACAUCAAGUAAUGAAGAAAGACCUUCUGUGCAUUACAGCAGCUCAAGGGAUAAAAUACUCAGGAAGAAGUUUCAAGAACGGCAAAAAGUGGAAAAAAAUUCGAAGAAGAGGCAUUCUGAGUGGGCAGAUUCGAAGUCUACUAUGAAGAAGCAGUGUUUUUGGGACUGUGAUUACACAAAGUCAGCAUCUAAAUCCAAGCAAAAAUGUCCAGAUAUUAAUGUUUUUUCGAACAAAGAGCCUCAUUUUCCCGUCCACCACAGAGGUGAAAUGGCUACACCAAAUGCCCGGUGUUCAUUAAUUGAUCAACAAGUUUCAUUGCAGAAUGAUGAAUUAGAAGCUUGCAAAUCUGGUGGUGACUGUAACCGCAUGGACCAAGAUGGUGGUAAAAUUGAUUGUCAGGCUUGUGGAAUAGAAUUAAAGAACUUUGCAGAGCGGAGUUCCCACAUCAGGCAGCACCCAUAUCACUGUCAGCGCUGUCAUCUAGCAUUCAGAUCAGAGGGGGAUUUUGUUAAUCACUUGUCACUGGAACAUCCACAGACAAAAGAGCAGCAUCAUUGCCUUCUUUGUGAGAAGAGCUUUACUACUUCAGAUAAACAUCAGAUGCACUUGCAAGGAAGAUUCCAUCGCUAUGUAGAAUUAACUCAGCGAAGAACUAUUCAUACAGUUUUUACACUGUUGACGGGUAGAGCAUGCCCCGGACUUCCAUCUCUCACUGAUGCCGAGAUGGAAGGUCUUGGUUGGUUUCCAUCAGAACCUGGAACUGUACAUUUCUAUCACCAAGCUACACCAUUGCAGAUGGCUGUCCAGGGUUGGCUUAACUGCCAGAGAAACAAAUCUGAAUGUGGAAUUGUAGAAGAAAACAAGAAGUCAGAAUUUAGGGAUCCUUCACAAUAAGGAAGAGAGACAGAAUGCACUUUGUGAAUGAUUUUAAACUGAAGCCGGUGUAAGUAAUUAGAUGUGAUAAUGCCAGGUAUAACUUUUUUUAAGUGCAAUUUUAUGCUAUGGUCUGCUUGGAGACCAUUACUCUAUACAUCUCAGAUAUUGUCAUGUGUUAUCUCCAUAUUUUUACUUGUGGAGAACUGGACCAAAGUUAUGUGCUCAAUAUUGGGACCACCAGUCUGAGUUAUUUCUAACAUUGAAGACAGUUACUGAACGUAUAUAUAUUCUGUAAUGUUCAAAUUUAUUUUUGUACAUAAUAUAAAUUAGUUGUAUGAAACAUCAGAAAAUUAUAGAUUUUAGAGUACAAGAAAAGAAAAUAUCAGGUGUUUCAUAUCAUAUUUUAAGAGUAAAACAGAUAAGGAAGUAGUCGUAGAUACCAUUGUGCUUUAAAUACUAUAAUAAGUGUUUUAAACCAAAGAUUAUUGCUAUGUUGAAGGAAUCUCACAUGACAGUUUUUGUGAAUGGCAUUAGGGUACUGCUUUGAUGGAUUUACUUCACACUUUAUGUACUUCUAAAUUGAUUUUUUUUCUUCUUCCAUGUAUCAUUUUGUACAGAUUUGCUGUAUGAAAUUUCAGCAUGUUGAGUGUUAAUGUUCUUAACCUCUGGCUACUUUCUCAUUUGCGUGGGAGUGGGGACAACGCAGUAACAAUUUGGAACAAUGUGGGGGAAAGGAUAAAUGUCAGAAUGAGUGGUAUAUCUUUUUCUCCUUCAUAGUUCAUUUAAUAUAGCCAAAAUUCAUUUAAUGAUUCAUUACAGUUAGAUACCUCCCAUAUAAAGCUACAGAAUUAAUUUAUUUACAAGUGUACCUAUUGUUUGCAAGAAUAUGCAUUCAGAACUGAAAGCAUACAGUGAGGUAUGCCAACUUGUGCCUGAUAAUAUUGGUAAAACUUCCUGAACACCCUCUACA